GAACGCAGCUGACUUAUGUCAACGUACUAUUGUGUCAAAUUUUAUUAUACAAUUUAUUUUCAAAGUUUUUUAAUAGUGCUUUAUCUGUUUUAAUAAAUAAUUUUUGAAAAGUAUGUCAGGAGGUGACGGAAAACUACCAAUGUCUUAUUUAAUUCCCAGUCCUAUAAUAACGAAAAGAACAAGAACACCAUCAGUUUCUGAACGAAUUGUUAAAUCUAAAACACUACAUGGGACGAUAAAGGAGUUUUGCCGUGAGAAAGGACAUGGUUUUAUAAGUCAAGAAGACGGAUCUGGCGAUAUAUUCGUACACGUUUCUGACAUUGAAGAUGAAUACGUUCCAUUACCAGGGGAUCGCGUGAAGUUUCAAUUGUGCCCGAUACCGCCGAAAUUUGAAAAAUUCCAAGCGGUUCACGUGCAUAUUGUCGAUCUUAAACCUGAGGUACACAGAAAAUGGGACAAUCUGUAGGUAUCUUUUUCUACUUUUUAUAUCCACAAACUUUGAUGUAAAUUUAAUUUUUUUUAUUUUAAAAUAAACAUCCUCGAGUAAUUUAAGAAUUUUUGAUUGUUUUUUAAAGUUUUUCUCACAUCAAUUAGGGUACAAGAUAGUCUAGAAAUAGUGAUUAUGAUACAUUUGUAUGGAAUUUUUUCAUUUUUACGAGGACAAUAAAAUUUUCAGUCAAAACUAACUGUUGUGCUUUUAAUUCAUUAUAAAUAUCAUUAACCUUGUUCUAUUCCAGUCAGUAUUGUAAUUAUAUACAUUUUAUACACAUUUUUCAUAGAUAAAUAUACAAAAUUGAGGUUAUACAAGUUUAUGAAAUAAUAGAUUUGUAGAAUAUACAAAAUUUUUAAUCCUCUAUGUGAUUUUGUUAGUAAUUUUAGUUAAAUAAUGUAUUAUGAUGGUAAAUGUCGUAAAUAUAUAUUUCAGAAGAAUUGAA